AAAAAUGGGACCAAAGGGUUGGUUUAUCCUCAAGCUUUUGAUGUUUCAAGGUCUUUUCAUUUCACAUUCCCAAGAACAAGAAGACUUUGAUUUCUUCUACUUAGUUCUUCAGUGGCCAGGAGCUUAUUGUGAUACAAAGCGUAGUUGUUGCUACCCAACAUCAGGUAAACCUGCGGCAGAUUUUGGCAUCCACGGUCUUUGGCCUAAUUACAAAGAUGGUUCAUAUCCAUCAAACUGCAAUCCCGACAGUGAAUUUGAUAAAUCUCAGAUAACGGACCUGGUAAGCAGUUUGAAAAAGACGUGGCCAACACUAGCGUGUCCGAGCAACGAAGGGUUCAAGUUUUGGAAGCACGAGUGGGAAAAACACGGUACAUGUUCUGAGUCAGUAAUGGACCAACAUGAGUACUUCGAAAAUUCUCUUAAACUCAGAGACAGAGCCAAUCUCCUUCAAGCCCUCACAAACUCCGGAAUCAAACCAGAUGAUAGAUUCUAUGAUCUUGAAAAGAUCAGAAAGGCGAUAAAAGAUGAGAUUGGGUUUACUCCAGGGAUUGAAUGCAACAAAGAUCCCGAACGUAACGACCAACUUCACCAAAUUUACAUCUGCGUCGAUACAUCAGGAACUGAGUUUAUCAAAUGUCCGAUUUUGCCUAGAGAAAGAUGUCCGUCUCGACUCCAAUUUGCGAAGUUUUAAUUAUAUCUUUCGUGCAGU